GUUUCACGUCGGCAAACACCUUCAGCGGAUGUCUCCUCAUUGUCUGGAAUAGAUCUGAAUCGGUAUCUGUCGGAAUUAAAUUCUUUUCGAAGAUCACGACGAACCCCGUAUUCGCACAGAUUAGAAAUUCGCCUGAAUCAUGAGAGGUUCUAAAUGCUUGCAAAUUCUGUACUUUCCUCAAGCAUUCAACCACAGAAACCUUCCAACAAGUGUAUUCACGCUGAACUUUCGCGUUGAAUCGUUAAGAUCAGCAUUCUUCGCCCUGAAUUGUUUACUACCGGAGGCACCGUUUUCGCGCAGAGAGGCGUCUGCAAAGCGAAACGUUCAGAAAUUCGUGCGACGGGGGUCGCUAAUGCACCUGGAAGGUAGACCGAGGUGCCCCGUAAAGCCUGAGAACCGAGAGGAGAAGGAAAACGUGUUUCCUGAAAGGCGCGAGACGGCGACGGUUGAUGGGGACCGUUGCGUAAGCGCAUCUCGGCAACUCGUUUCAUUCACUUUCCAUAUUAAACCGCUCGGGAGGUUGACCUUCGGCUGGACUUCACUUGAACGGCUGAAAUUCGACCUCGACACCGCGGCCCUCGAAGGCCGCCGAUAUCGUCGGAUUCUGGGUCGUGAUCUUUGCGGAUCGGGCGACCAGGAACGUGCGAUAUCUCGAUCGCAACCAUCAGCGACAUUUGUUUGUUUCUUACACGUACACGCAGAUGACGCGAUGACGCUGCACUGGUGGAUGCACUGGUUCUGGGUUACCGCUCAAUUUCUCGUGAUUCUAGGGAACCCAGUGCCGUCGAGCACGACGGAGCCGCGCGUCGAGAGUCGUCCUAGUCCAGAUCCGACGCCAGAAGUGCCUACCGUGGACACGGAAACGGUGGAGCCGCGGCCGAGCUUCCGCGUGGCGAAGGCGAUCGGUUUCAAUCCGGCGACGAACGCGGCCAUGCUGUUGGACAAGCUGCCGUCGACGACGAUCUCCAGCCUAGCGGAAAGCCGCGGGAACGUGGCGGCGACCAGCGCGGAUCCCGUCGCCGAUGAUUUCCGAAGGAACUUCGGGAACGCGACCAGCCCGGAGACAGCCGGCCCGAAGACACCUAGCCCGGACAGGACUCGAAAUCCUGUGUCGAAGAAGGACAGCAAGAUCACCUGGAUCCUGACGUCGAACAAGACAGCUAGGUCGAAGUACGAGCAAGAGGAGAGGAUCGAGGAGAACGGGAACCGGAACGGCAGCGUGGAGAUCGUCGAGGACCUAACGGUGUUGCCUCUUCAGGAAGAGGUGUCUAGGAUCAGGCUGGUACUGAACAAGACCAAAUCCUCGGCGUUGCUGUCUGCCUCCUCUUCUGCGUCCCUAGCUUCAUCCGCCGGUGCUUCCGGCAUAAGGACGUUCAACCGGUCCGACGACGACGUCGAGAUCGACGAGGAGCUCGUCGAGCCGCAGCUCUUUGCUACGGCUGCAUCGAUCCUCGAAGUUGGCGUGAGCGAGUCCACGCGUCUAAGCCGAGCCAGGAGCGCGUUUCCCAAAGAUUUUCAAAGGGAUCAGGUCCAAGGGGACCAUGCACCCGAUUACAACGACGACGAGAACUCGAAGCAAGAGAGCACCUCGAGGUCCAACGUAGACAUCGCCGCCAUUACCGGAAGCUGUCUCGCGACCGUUGUCUUGCUCAGCACAAUGGGCAGUCUCGGAUUCAUUAUGUACAGGCGUAGGUACCUGAAUCCACCGCAGACCUUGAAUAGCGAUAAGUGCAGCAACCCCGAUAGUUCCGGUUAUAUCGACGAUUCCACUAUUCGUGAUAACUCCGAGGAGAUGUACAGCCUGGACAACGACUCGUUCCUAAACUCGUUGGAGGCGAUGACAAUACAGAAUUACUGGACGGACAGCGUGAAGCACACGAAGCUAUGACAAAAAAAGAUAAUCCAACCGGGGAAGAGGAUGGAAACGUUCAGUAUUUCCGACGGUGAAGCGCACGAACAAAUUUCAUUGUUGGAGCAAUAGUACUUACUCGACGCGCGUCGGGCGAUUUAGUUUCUUGUUUUCCUUUUUAAUCGAAUGUAACGGGCGAAACUGGAUUUCGAGAACGUUGGUUAUUUUCCGUUCGUUUUCGUAGUUCUCCUCCUCUCUCGUCGGUGCGAACGAAACGUUCUGUCCGUUCCCGCUGCUCGACUCGACGUAAGCGCGGCCGCGGACGAAAAAGCGUCGACAACGCAUCGAAAUUGCGGGACGCACACGCAUUCCUGUAUCACCGUGCCGCGAGGACACGUUGGUCGACGCACGAGAAACACGGAAAUAUUACGUACGCCUGAAUUUCGAUUUCGUCACUAGCACCGUUCCAUACAUAUAUUUUUCUACCGCGGUUACCAUUCGCAGCAGCGAGCGUUCUCGGAAACGUCAUAUCUCGUGGCGGACUACAGUGAAAUCGGUUGGUGCAAUAAAGCCGUACUCUAUCGAUGCGCGACGGUUAACCAUAAAUUCUUAGGACAUUAAGUACAAAUAAAACCAUUAAUUUUUAGCUAGCCGUAAACUAGAGAAGAGAGGGAGAAAGGGUUAUUUAAUAAGAACGAAUUCCUAAUGAAUCGACGGAGAAUACUUCCAUACUACGCCGAGGGUAGCCAUCAAACUUUAUCACCUAAACCGAGUUUCCUUUGCUUGUAACGUUUUUAUGGAAUCUUAUCUGAAACGUCUCUCUUCUUUUGUUUUAUUUUUUGUUUUGUUUUUUUAUUUGUUUGAUUUACAUGUGACCUUCGAUGCCCUUUUACGAGUUCGAAACGCGUGACAUUGAAUUAUUGCUGUAAGGAUGCGACGUAUUAGUAGCUUCUAUUUUACGAUGGAAAAAGGAAAAAACGAGAAUGACUGUUCUCUCCCUCGAGGAAACUGUAAGCGAAAGAAAUAUUUAUACGCGGCAAAGCGGAGAGGAUAUCCUGUAUAUAUGUACUAUGAAUUUCUAUUUGUACGACUACAUGUAGACGUCACACCUCUUAAUUUGUGAUCAAGCUUGAACAUUUCUUACGGUCUUCGAACCUGAACAGUAUACAUGGUUCUAAUAGGAUAAAGGAAAUUAAUUGUAAUUCGCUUGCGCACGUACGGUCGGCUUGAGAUACAGACUAUUUUCGAAACGGCAUCGGGCUAACGAAAGGAUCGGACCAAAUACAUAUGUAGUUUGUAGCUUUACGCCUUUACAACAUAUCCAGCAAAACUGUACACAGAGCGGAGAUUCGAUUCGUCUUUCCCACUACCGACUUCUAGCUUGUAUAUAUGUACAUGUACAAUUACUGUACAAUAAUUACGGGAUGUAUCUCAUAGAUGUGCAUAUUAUCGUGGCAGGCAAAUCCCGCCGGACCUCGAAAAUACGAUUUAUGUUUUAGUAGAAGGUUAGCGCGUGUUGUUUCAGAUAUAUUUCUAUACCAAGCCUCGCGUGAUCGAGGGAAAACAGAGUUUAUUGUGAUAGAUCGUAGCGUUUAAUAAAUGUAAAGUUAUCACUGAUUCAUCUUAUGGUAACGGUUGUGAAUAAACCACUCGUAUUAUUAUUAAUCGUCUUAUUUUCAGUUCACCAUCCCAUCAAACCUUAUCGUUUAUAAUCUCACCGGCGAGAGUUUUCGUCGGUGGUGUAAUAUCGCAACUAAGUGCUUCUAAUAUCGUGCCUGAAAUACGACGUGUGUAAUACCUUGGCUGUGCUCCAUUUCAACCCUCAGUGUUUGUAUGGAUCCGAAGUCUGUAUUUAAAUGCGUCCUUGAGCGUACGCUUGCACAGGUGUGACAAGGAGACAAGAGCGCACCGAGAGAAAAAGAAUAGUUUAUUUUUUAAGCUCUUUAUUACAAUUAAACGACGCUGUUAUCUUUGUAGCACUUUAUAAAAUGUUCGAAGUCAAAAAUAAUUUCCUUUCUGUAGUUAGACAUGGUUCCGUUUUUGAAAGUGGAUAAUUUGUUUUUGCAUAUAUGGAGGAAAUACUGAACAGUUGUAAUUCAGAUUCAAUUAUAAUCAAGAAAUAAUGGCAUAGAAAUCUGUGUAUAAUAAUACUUAGGAUAGAAGUAUAUUACCAUAACAUAUUUACAUGUAGGAAACGUGUUAUUGUUCUACUUUGUAUGUGGUCGUGCUUUCGCUUUUUGUUUAGAACACUGAGCAUGACUAUGGGCUCUUAAACUGUUGAACACUUUGUUGUUUAAUUUGACAUCAAAUCCUCCUGUGUCGCCUGUGUGAAUGCCAGGAGGGAAUUGCAAAACUCUGCAGGCGUUUAUUCUUGAAGACAUCAACAUGUCG